AUGUCUUUGCUUACCAAGCUGUUUAGUGGAGGAGAAAAAGUGAGAAAGACGUCCUGCCAACAAGACGAGACAGAGAAACUUCCAGACAGAGAGGAGCUGCUGAUGAAGAAGAGAGACUAUCUGAAGAAAAAGAUUGAGCAGGAACUUCUGUUUGCCAAGAAAAACUUCAGAAAGAACAGAAAAGUGGCUCUGCAGGCACUGAGAAGAAAGAAGUGGUACGAGAAACAUCUGAAGGACAUCGACUGCACUGUUCAGGCCAUGAGGUCCACUCAUAAACACACACAUUUUGUCAACGAGGUGAAUGACCUGAUCAAAGACAUUACAGAGGAGCAAGAUCUGAUUGAAGACAUGUCAGACGCCUUCCACACAUCUGUGAUCUUAGGAGUGGAAUUUGAUGAGGAUGAGCUGCUGGCAGAGCUGGAGAGUCUGGAGAAGAAUCUGGAUGAGAGUCUCUUUGAGAAAGACAGAAUGGAGGAGAAAGACUUUUGUCCCAAAGUGUCACCCAUUGCAUCACCUUCUCAACCUGCCAAGACGGAGGAAGAUGAGAUUGAAGAUGAUUUAGAGUACCUGCGGCGCUGGGCGAAUGGACCCUUACAGCCACACCAUCAACCACAACACACGGUUACAGAGAGCCCCCCAUCGUCACAGUCCAACAAUGAGUCCGAAUCAGCCAACUGUACUCCUCAACCGCCUGCCAUCAUCAUCACAGCUCCAUCACGGGAAGACAUCCACGCCUCGCCAUCCACCAUUACUAUAGCUGAUGCCAUCAAAGAGAGGAGGCCUUCUUCUGCACCCUUUGUAGUGGGGAAGAAAGUAGAGACCAGACAGUGA